GUGAUUUGAAAACCAUGGAACACUGUCGAUUGGUUGCAGCUCCGAGUUUCAGGACACUUUGUCAUGACGGAGGACGCUUACAAAAAUCAGUGGUGAUAUGUUCACGAUCUUACGCACAUUUUUAGUUGGGUCUAAACUAGAAAACUGUACACAGGCGGUGAAUGCUUGUCUGAAGGGUGGCUCAGACCUUCUGCAAAGAGUUCAGAGGGCAGCAACUCGUAUGAUCCCUGCAAUAGCUGGCCUGACCUAUGAACAUCGACUUAAGGAGCUGAGCCUCUUUUUUUCAUCCUAUUGCAGACAGAUGGGAGAUCUAAUCAUGCUAUACAGGAUUCUAAGAAGUGACUUUGGACCUGAUCCGUAUUAUCUUUUCUUUCCCACUAGGUCGGGACACCUCAGAGGACGUAGUAGGAGGAUACAAAGGCAAAGAACAAAUUAGGUCUCCGCAGAGUACUGGUUCUCGCGUCGAGUAAUCAACUCCUGGAACCGACUGCCAGAAGAGGUGAUGUUCACAUCAGUUGACUCGUUCAAUGACGAGUGGACAAGCACAGAUAUGUAGUGGAAAAGGAUUAAUAUAGGCUCAUAGCCUUCUAUCAUCAAACAAACCUGAAUCUGAUGAAACCCACAGACUGGGUAAAGUGGGGAACUAGUAGUCGCACUUCCCCAAGAUUUCCUCUGAGGAUAUCGGUCUACGAUUCCAACUUUUUUUACGACAUCAUAAUGGAAGAUGGUGUUUACAGUCGUCUCAUCCGACACUUUUUACUAUCAAAGAACUUCAAAGAUACUUUAAAUGCAUUUGAAGUUGAAUGUUCUAAAGAGAAAAGUAGAGGGAAAUUCCAACCCUCUGACAUAAUUGAUCGCCUUCAAGAAGCAAUCUGUGAUUCAAAUUUAAAUCUGUUGGUUAACCAAUGGAGUCUUUUGGAAAGUACUCUGUUUCAUCGGCUUUCAGACGAUAAACAAAAUGCAGCCAAUGAACUGAAACUACAUGUUUUUCGGACGUAUUUAGUUCAAGCUAAAAUGAAGAAACGUCAGGCGAAGAUGAUAGAAUUUUUUGACUUACUUUCAUCUCAGUUCUCUUUUGAAAAAGAAGAAUGGCAAAUUUGGUGUGCACUACCCUAUACUAUGGAUCCUAAAACACAUCCUGAGUUUUUUAUGUAUUUUACAAAGUCAUGGAUGGAUGUGUUGAUCCUUUCGUUAACCAACUUCUUGUGCUUGAUAUGGUACUCUGAAAGUAACAGUGGUGUAUUUCAGGAAAUGGAAUUUCAAAAUCAAAAAGCUAAACCUAGCACAAGUGAAAAGGUACAAGUUACAUCAAACCAACCACCAUUCGGGGAGCUCCUUGAUGAUUUCAAUGAACUAGGAACAAUCCGAGCACACUUAAAACCUACGUGAUUAUUGUCUUCAUUGUUAAACAAUUUAAGCUUGAACAAAUAUCUUUCAUUCGACGGAUUGUUUGUUUUUUCUACAUAUCGUUUCCUAACUUUCAUAAAGAUACCUUUCU